AUGCCUGCAAAGUCGAUUGUUUCUACCUCCCGAGACACUUACAUUACUAUCCUUGGAGCCAUCUCUGCUCAAGGAGUUAUCGAUAUUUCUUUAAGAAAACCAACAACAGUGCCCGCAACAGUAAGCUCUUGCAUAGAAAAAAGAGGCUAUAGAUGCAUAUACCUUGCACCAUAUUCACCUUUCCUGAAUCCAAUCGAGGAGUUUUGGUCAAAGGUAAAGUUUGGUGUAAAGAGGGAAGCUUUCGACAAUGGAGACAAAUUAACUCCAAAAAUCGUAAAGUCAUGUUCAGAAGUAGCCCUCAAAGACUGUCUAGGUUGGAUUAGACACUCUGUCUCGUUUUUUGAGCGUUGUUUGGCUCUGGAAGAAAAACGUUAG